AUGCUUCCUGUGUGCCUUCUGUGUCAAAAAUCUGUAUCGAAGAAAGCGUUUGGUCUUGGGCACUUAAUCCCACAUUCAAUACUGAAACAAUCUGGACAUGAGUACUUUGCAGACGUUAAUCAAGGGAAGGAAUCCGGCGUGUCCAACAUGGGAUACCGAGCUUUUUGUUCCGAAUGCGAGAAAAGAUUUUCAAAUCACGGUGAAGUUUAUUUGAACCCAAACUUUUUCAAGCCGUUUCAUGAGAACCAAAAUCAACCAAUAGAAGUGAGCGUACGUGAUAUAAACGGUAACCCAUGGUUGUAUUUUUGCCUUAUAUCUAUCGUAUGGCGAUGUUUGUGCUUCAUUCCACAGGCCAAGGAGUUUCUUAAUACCUUAGAAUAUCUGCGAGAGUUCCUUCUCAAAUAUCCUAAUUAUGAUCAUGAUAAUGAUAUUGACUCGAAAGUGACUUUGUUUGUAUUUGCCCCGAACAGUCAACUGGAGUCAAAGUGUAAAGAGGUCAAUCCGACAUAUAACUGUUUCUUUGAUGAUAUGUAUACUGCAAGAUUUGAUUAUGAUAACCCAGACCAUACAGCUGCAUGGGUUUUCAUGGGACCAAUCCACAUUUUGAUGAUCUACAAGAGUACAGGUGGUGACUUGGGUGGACCAUUUGAAUUAAGUGAACAAGACCUGAAUGAAGCGAAACAGUCGCGUAUCAUGUAUCAAGGUACAGACACCAACAUUUCUAUUGGAAACAAAGAUGCAAGGUUCUUCCCAAUGACAUCGUAUUCUGCAAUUAUCAGUUUUGGGCUACAGCAUUUGUCAAGAACAUUGCGAAUCUGCCCAUCCAAAACAACAGUAACAGAUUCAAAACUUACACCAAUGCCGUUAACUUAUUUGCCUCUCUUGCCAAAAUCUGUUAGUUAUGAUGAUGGAGUCUUCCGUUUUCCUGAAUUCUACAAAAAAACAUUUUCGCAUAGUCUACCUGGUGUAUUAACAAUUGUGGGAGCACGUAGAGGUGAAGGUGAAAAAAUAGUUUUUGUAGCUUUUGAAACAGCCUUGGCAUAUGUUGUAGAUGGUGAGAACAAGACUGGGUCAGUUACCAUGGCUUUUAAAUGUGGAUGGCAACGGAAACGUUUCCUACCUGAAGGAUGUCGCGAUUCCUCCCAAAGAAAAAGUUUGUGGGCUGGACUUGAAUAAAAUACCCAAUCAACAAGUGAUUGAAAAACAAAUUAACCAAUUGGUAAAAUACGGUGUUGCAACAUGGGAGAUACCAUAGGAACAAGUGGACGAACUGACACUGGA